ACACCAACUCCCUCUUCCCACUCACACUCCUCCUCCCUCCCUCUUUAUCCUCCGUCGCUCAAUUAUUAUUUUAUCUUUUUCUUCACGGAAUUUAAAAUUCCCCCAAAUCCUUCCCUCCGAGGCGCCACGAGUUCCCUCUGCAACUCCGGUCUCCUCUGCCUACAACCACCGCCAACGCCAACGCCACCGCAAACCCAGCAAAUCUCGCUUUUGUACACUGCCCGCCCACGAAAUGGCCGAAACGGAGUCGGAGGAGCGGAUGAUCUACCUGCACGGCGACCUCGACCUCACAAUCUUCGAAGCCCGCCGCCUCCCCAACAUGGACAUGUUCUCCGAGCGCUUCCGCCGCUGCUUCACCGCCUGCGACACCAUCAAUAUCUCCUCCACCCCCUCCGCCGAAGACGACGGCGGUCACGACGGUGGAGAACGCAAGAACCACGUUCCCCACCGAAAGAUCAUCACCAGCGAUUCAUACGUCACCGUUACGGUCCCCCAGACCACCGUCGCCCGGACACGUGUCAUGAAGAACUCCCAGAACCCGCAGUGGAAGGAGCACUUCUUUGUCCCGCUGGCGCACCCUGCAAUUAACCUCGAGUUUCACGUCAAAGAUGACGACGUCUUUGGCGCUGAGACCAUCGGAACCGCCGAGAUCCCGGCGGAGAGAAUCGCCACCGGAGAGCUCAUCUCCGGGUGGUUCCCCAUUUACGGACCCUCCGGGAAGCCCCCGAAACCCGACUCGGCGAUCAAGCUCGAAUUGCAGUUCACGCCGUUCGAGAAAAACCCAGUGUACAAGCAAGGCAUAGCGGGGGAUCCGGAGCACAAGGGCGUGCAGAACACGUACUUCCCGCUCCGGAAGGGAAGCUCCGUGAGGUUGUACCAAGACGCGCACUGCCCUGCAGGGCUGCUGCCGGAGAUACAGUUGGACGGUGGGAAGGUGUACAAGGCGGAGAAUACAUGGGAGGACAUUUGCUAUGCGAUUACGGAAGCGCACCACUUGGUUUACAUUGUGGGUUGGUCGGUGUUUCACAAGGUGCGGCUGAUUCGGGAGCCGAGCCGGCCGCUGCCGCGCGGCGGCGACCUGUUGCUCGGCGAUUUGCUCAAGUACAAGUCGGAGGAGGGCGUGAGGGUGUUGCUGUUGGUGUGGGACGAUAAGUCCUCUCACGACAAGUUCGGCUUCAAAACGGCAGGAAUGAUGGGGACACAUGAUGAAGAAACCCGGAAGUUUUUCAAGCAUUCAUCUGUAAAUUGUGUGCUGUCAACUCGCUACGCUAGCAGUAAGCUUAGCAUUAUAAAACAACAGGUUGUUGGAACCCUUUUCACCCACCAUCAAAAAUGUGUUCUUGUGGACACACAGGCUGACGGUAAUAAUCGGAAGAUAACUGCAUUUUUAGGAGGUCUUGAUCUUUGUGAUGGUCGUUAUGACACACCCGAGCACAGACUGUUUCGUAAUCUUGACACUGUAUUUAAGGGUGAUGUUCAUCAACCUACUUUUCCUGCUGGAACCAAGGCUCCAAGACAACCAUGGCAUGACUUGCACUGUAGAGUUGAUGGGCCUGCUGCAUAUGAUGUUCUUAUAAACUUUGAGCAACGUUGGAGGAAAGCAACGCGGUGGAAGGAGUUUGCACUACUGAGUAAGAAGGUUUCACAUUGGCAUGACGAUGCAUUGAUAAAAAUUGACCGCAUCUCCUGGAUACUAAGUCCUCCCCUAUCUGUUUCAAAGGAUGGUACAACUAUUCCAGAAGACGAGCCUUUGUUGUGGGUUAACAAUGAAAAUCCCGAAAAUUGGCAUGUUCAGAUUUUCCGGUCCAUUGACUCAGGAUCACUGAAAGGAUUUCCCAAAGCUGGCCGUGCUGCUGAGGCCAAGCAUCUUAUUUGCUCAAAGAAUCUGGUAAUAGAUAAAAGCAUUCAAACAGCUUACAUCCAGGCAAUCAGAUCCGCCCAACACUUUAUAUAUAUCGAAAAUCAGUAUUUUCUUGGUUCAUCAUAUGCAUGGCCAGAUUAUAAAAAUGCAGGAGCUGAUAAUCUUAUCCCAAUGGAGUUGGCAUUAAAAAUUGUUAGCAAAAUUAAAGCUAAUGAGAGAUUCACGGUGUAUGUCGUCUUACCUAUGUGGCCUGAAGGUGAUCCAAAAACUCUCGCAAUGCAAGAAAUUCUCUUCUGGCAGAGGCAGACAAUGCAAGCAAUGUAUAGUACUGUUGCAGCGGCACUGAAAUCGGUGCAGAUUCAGGACUCACAUCCUCAAGAUUACCUAAGUUUCUAUUGCCUUGGUAACCGGGAAAUACUUCCUGAGGAUACUGCAAAUGACGAUGCGUCUUCGGUUUCCGAUUCACAAAAAAAUCAGCGGUUUAUGAUUUAUGUUCAUGCCAAGGGUAUGGUAGUAGAUGACGAGUAUGUAAUAUUGGGAUCUGCCAAUAUCAACCAAAGAUCAAUGGCUGGUACAAAGGACACUGAGAUAGCCAUGGGUGCGUAUCAACCCCAUUACACAUGGGCUGCGAGGAAGAAACAUCCGCGUGGUCAGAUAUAUGGAUAUCGAAUGUCACUUUGGGCCGAGCAUCUUGAUAUGUUGGAUCCAUGCUUCGAAGAGCCUGAGAGUUUGAAAUGUAUGAGGAAAGUAAAUGAGGUUGCAGGCGAGAACUGGACGAGAUUCACAUCUCCAGAGUUUACACUACUGCAGGGUCACCUUAUGAAGUAUCCUAUUGACGUAGAUGUUGAUGGGAAGGUCGGCCCCCUGCCGGGACAUGAAAACUUCCCUGAUGUUGGUGGUAAGAUACUUGGAUCUCAUUCCAACAAAAUUCCUGAUAUGCUCACGACAUAAUCUCUCGACACUCUUAUGUUCAUACGUGAUUCGUGCAAUAAAAUUCGAAGCGAAACAUCGCUUCGUCUGAG